GUCUGUGUCAUCAACGCAUGGCAAAGAAACUGUAAACAGUAUGCAAAUGUAACCUGUAUACGGACCUGCAACCUGAAACGUGUCUAACACCAGUCACAGUAAACCGUUUGCCUGUGAGCUCUAUUUAUAACGCUGCCAUUUACUCCCGAUGUUUUUCAAGCUAACACCAUCUGUAAGUGACUGUGCAGAACAACAGGAAAGCGAAUUUACUUCAUUAUUAUCGGGAAUCAGCUACAUAAUUUAUGACAAAAUUAGACAUCUGAGAAUAUGGGCAGAAACAACAGGUCUGCAACGAAACAGCACCGCCAUUGUGAAAAAUGCUUCAACCGAUACUGUAAGGUCCCCAUAGAAAUUUCGGUUUCCUGCUUGAUCAUCAACUGUCGCUUGUACUGUGGUGCUGUCUUCCACAUGUGUAAGGAGGUGGAGCACCAGCUCUUGUGUCCCAAUGAGAAGGUUCCUUGUCUCAAUGUUGACUAUGGUUGCCCGUUCACCAUGUGCCGCUCCAAGUUGGCCAAGCAUCUGAAGGUGUGUCCAGCCAGUGUAGUGAGCUGCUCCAUGGAUUGGAACCGCUGGCCCGUUGAGGAGAAAGACACAAUUUUUUAUGACAAUAUCCUCAAUGACAACUUUUCUGAGGAACAGUUGGACCUCUCCAUGGCACUUAGGGACCAGAAACAUUUAUUUAGUUCACUGAAAAUGAAGACUCUUUUUGCAGAGUUAGUAGAGAAAGCAGAAAAACCAAAUCCUUCAGUGCUGGAAGGAGCAGUAGGAGGUUCUGAACAAGCAAACGCUGAGGUGGACCGUAAUACAUUAGGAGAGGCCGACUGUCCUGCUGGUGAAGAGAUGGAAGGACUUACACAGGAAGAACGUGAAGCUCUAGCGAAAGAUACAAGUGUUGUAGAUAUGGAAAAAUACAGAAUCUGGGAAAAAAUGUUCAGCAUGGAACUGAGUGGCUGCAAGCACACGGUGAAAGGCCUAGGAAGCAACCAAAGAAGUGGUUUGAGCAGAGAGAAAACAGCGUCAUCAAGCUGUGAGACUGUGCUUGAGGAGGAAUCUGAAGAAAGCCAGCAGUCUAAAAGUAAUGUGAAUGUUUCUAAAAAGAGUCAAGCUGGUGAAAUAAUACAAAAUGUAGAAGAAAAGAUUAAUCAGACUGGAUACAAAGUGUGUCUGGUAGAACAUGGAAACACUGUAGGUGAGCAACACCAACCCCCUGCUGCAAUCAAACCUAAAUCACAGACUUUUGUAUAUGGAUACCUGGAGCCUAUGAAGCUCAAAACUGUGCAAACGUUCAAGGUUCCCACAAGCUUUAGAGCAAAAGAUGGGCGCAUCCGUAACCCUUUAACGACAAGGAAAGUCACCAAGAGUGUAGACACGUCUGAUCUGGGAGUCUCACUGGAAGAUAUUCCUAAAUGGGAUGAAAUCCAAGCAACCUUGCUUUGCUGCUUAGAACGGGAAUUCAGAGGCCACUCCAUCUCUAAAUUUGACUCGACAGAUGCCCUUCUUUGCGAUUCUGGCACCCAAACGUACAGCUUCCGCUCCGCUCCGUUUAAGCACAAUGCUUCGCUGGCUGACAUCACUGCAGACAGACCUUUGAAACUCCACAUCCAGAUUCAAGCUGAGGGUGUGACAAGGAGGCACAAUAAAGCCAGCUCUGCCUUUACAUUUCUCUGCAACCACUGUUUCCGUCGAGAUGAGUUCUCCUCGCACUUCAGGAACGUGCACGCGGACAUCCAGUCGUGCUUGAACGGCUGGUUCGAACAGCGAUGCCCUUUGGCCUACCUCGGCUGCACCUACAGUCAGAAGAGAUUUCAGCCGUCCACACAGAGAGCAACAGUCACAUACAGCCAAGACCUCAGCACCUUCACUUUAAAACCAGAGGUCUCUGCCCUGCUCUUUGAAGGGGUCAAGACCAUCAGACCAGAAAGGAAACGUGCGCGCAACGUUGAUGCCCUCAGCAGACUUCCUUUUGAGGUCCUCGUGCACAUUGCUGGGUUUCUGGACAGUUUCACCCUGUCCCAGCUGGCUUUGGUCUCUCGCUUAAUGCGAGAUGUUUGUUCCACUUUGCUGCAAGAGAAAGGAAUGGUCUCGCUAAAGUGGGAGAAGAAGACUUACUCCCAUGGGGGUUCCUGUUGGAAGUCUAGACAUAAGGUGUGGCAGUUCAGCAACCUCUUCUCCACCGUCGACAGAUGGCGCUUUGAUGAUGUUCCCUCCAUGUCUGACCAUCUGAAGAGGCUCCCGCUAAACAUAUAUGGGGGACUCGAGUGUCUCAAUUUUCUGCCACUAGAAAAACAGACAUUUGACCUGCAUGAUGAUAAGGAUUAACUCUGGAAGAUCUAGCCACCUUUAUGGAACUCAGAUUAUGCUACGUGACCAUCACAGGGAUAUGCUGUAGGCCUUUGCUCCUGCAUUGCUCUUGUAUUGUAUUACACUGUGUGUAAUUGCAUUUUCUCAGAAUACUGGUUCUGUCUCCAUGCUGU